AUAUGAUUCCAGGUAUGCGGGCGACACCGACGGAAUCAUUUAGUUUUGUAUAUAGUUGUGAUCUACAAACCAAUGUUCAAGUGAAAGUCGCAGAGUUUGAAGGCAUUUUUCGUGAUGUUCUCAACCCUGUCAGAAGGUUGAAUCAAUUGUUUGCGGAAAUUACGGUAUAUUGUAACAAUCAACAAAUUGGUUAUCCAGUAUGUACAUCAUUUCAUACACCACCAGAUUCCUCUCAACUUGCUCGUCAGAAAUUAAUUCAAAAAUGGAAUGAAUGGCUGACUCUUCCAAUUCGUUAUUCUGAUUUAAGUAGAGAUGCUUUCUUGCAUAUUACAAUUUGGGAACACGAGGAUGAUGAGAUUGUGAACAAUUCAACAUUUUCAAGAAGACUCGUUGCACAAUCCAAACUCUCAAUGUUCUCGAAACGUGGAAUUCUGAAAUCAGGAGUUAUUGAUGUUCAAAUGAAUGUUUCAACGACACCGGAUCCAUUUGUAAAACAACCAGAAACAUGGAAAUAUUCUGAUGCAUGGGGAGAUGAAAUUGAUUUACUUUUCAAACAAGUAACUCGUCAAUCUCGUGGUCUUGUUGAAGAUGUUCCAUGGUUGGAUCCCUUUGCAUCACGACGUAUUGAAAUGAUCAGAGCUAAAUACAAGUACUCAUCUCCUGAUAGACACGUAUUUCUUGUUCUAGAAAUGGCAGCGAUUCGAUUGGGACCUACUUUUUAUAAAGUUGUCUAUUAUGAAGAUGAGACAAAAAAUAUGCGAGUCUCCACGUCAGUCAACGGUGGUGUUGGGAUUGUUUCGGCCUGUACCCGUUACUGUGUAGCUGAUCCUGAACUUCUUCUAGAAUCUCUGGCGGAAGUUAAACACAGUGCAAUGACACGUCGAAUCAGAGAUGUUGAAGAUGAGAGACAUCGACAAGUAAAACCGAAUAAACAAGCAAAGGAUCGAUUGGAGACUAUUGUGAAUCUUCCAUCAUCUCAAGUUCUUACAAGAGAACAAAGAGAUUUAGUAUGGAAAUUCAGGCAUUAUUUAAGACAAUUUCCAAAAGCUUUGAACAAAUAUCUACGAUCAGUUAAUUGGGUUCAUCCACAAGAAGUAAAAACUGCAUUAGCUCUGAUGAAUGAUUGGGAGCUGAUUGAAGCUGAAGAUGCAUUAGAAUUACUUUCAAGUGCAUUCACUCAUCCGGCAGUUCGUGCAUAUUCUGUAUCCCGUCUUCUAGAAGCUGCUUCUCCUGAGCAAGUCCUCCUAUAUCUUCCACAAUUGGUUCAAGCUUUGAAAUACGAACAAGGUCAACAACUGCCUGAAGAAGGAAAUCCAGUGCCGGUGGUUUCUGAAGAAGAGGGAAAGAUCCCAUCAGUUGCAACUACGCCAACUGAAGAGCUAGAAGGACGAGAUAUGACAGUGGUUACGAAGAAAGAGGCUAGAAAGGCGGCUAGUGGAGAUUUGGCCACCUUCCUGAUUGACUAUGCUCUUGCAUCUCCAAAAGUAUCCAACUAUCUCUACUGGCAUCUAAAAACUGAAAUUGAAUCAACAAAAGAAAGUAAAGAAGAACACUCGAAAAUGUAUCAAAAUAUCCAGGAUAGAUUGAUGGAAGCACUUGUAAAGAGACCUGAUACCCGUGCACAAGUUGAUUCACUUCAUCAGCAACAAAUUUUUGUGGAAGAUCUUAUUAUUCUGAUGAAUGAGGCAAAAGCUCGUGGUGGUCGUUUGAAUGAGUCAAAAUCUGCAGAAUUCCGAACUAUGCUCUCUCGAGCCAAACAUAUGUUAGAUCUUAAAGGAGUCCAUCUUCCACUUGAUCCAAGUUUCCGUUUAUCAUCAGUUAUUCCUGAUACAGCAUCAUUUUUCAAAAGUGAGAUGAUGCCUGCGAAGAUAUCAUUCAAAGUUCUUCAGCCGAAUGGAAAAGCUGAUAGAAAUAUUCCAGAAGAAUAUACAGUUAUAUUUAAGACUGGAGAUGAUUUACGGCAAGAUCAGCUGAUUCAGCAAAUGGUUCGACUUAUUGAUAUUAUUCUCAAAAAGGGACAAUUGGAUUUGAAGUUGACACCUUAUUUGGUUCUCUCCACAGGUGUCGGUCAAGGAUUUGUCCAAUGCAUAAAAUCAAAACCAUUGAGAGCAAUUCAAGAACAAUACAAAGCACAUAAAAUGGAUUGUAUUCGUGAAGCAAUGAAAGAACUUCGUCCAGGAGAUGGACCAUUUGGUAUUGAACCAAAUGUAAUCGAUAAUUAUGUCCGUUCACUUGCUGGUUAUUCAGUUAUUAUGUAUAUUCUGGGUCUUGGUGAUCGUCAUCUUGACAAUCUUCUUCUUUGUGAGAAUGGAAAACUAUUCCACGUGGAUUUUGGUUUCAUCCUCGGACGGGAUCCCAAACCAAUGCCACCACCAAUGAAAUUAACCAGUGAAAUGGUACAAGUGAUGGGAGGUGUGAAGAGCAAACAAUUUUUGGAAUUUGUGCAGCAUGUCGAUUCUGCCUACCGGAUUUUGAGACGACACUCGAAUGUUCUUUUGAACUUGUUCUCACUUAUGUUAGACGCUGGAAUUCCUGAUAUUGCUGCUGAGCCGGAUAAGGCUAUUUUCAAGAUCGAACAACGCCUCCGCCUGGAUCUGUCGGAUGAAGCAGCUACCAAACACAUUUUCACUCAAAUCGAGUCGAGUCUCAAUGCAAAAAUGGCUAUGAUUUCUGAUAUUAUUCACGCAUACAAACAGAAUUUGAUGUGAUUUUUUUUUCUUUUUUUCUGUAAAUUGUGUAUAUUUUCUACCGCUCACUUUGUCACUUUUUAAUUUUUUUUUUCAAUAAAUUCCAAUUUUUAAU